GGGAAUCUGGAGUGCGAGCGGAGAGGACUGGGAAAACGAAUUACCCGCUAGUCGGGAGCGACCUGGAACUUGCUUCCCGCCUUCUUCCAUCUGUCCAUCAUCGCGGAGAGAGAAGGGGGGGACGACCAGGAGAGAGAGAGAGAGAGAUGAUGGAAGGGAUUGUAUGGGAGACGCCUCUGAACCCUCCCAAGCGCGAGGACUACGUAUUCAAGGACGGAAAGCGUCUCGUGAAACCAUACUUCUUCGAGUUCAUCUGUAACGUAAAGAAUAGAUGGGCUGGGAAGACUGUUGUUGACUUGUUUGCUCAUGAAUUUAGGCAACGGCCCCGUGAUUACUAUGUUACUGCUGUUGAAGCUGGAAGAAUCCAAGUUGAUGGAACACGUGUUGAUGUUACAUACACUGUUAAAUCUUCACAAAGAAUUAGCCACUUUGUGCACAGGCAUGAACCUCCUGUGAUGGAAUGGAAUAUUUCAGUUUUGAAGAAGGAGGAUGAUUUGGUAACAGUUUUCAAGCCACCAUCUAUCCCUGUCCAUCCAUGUGGGCAAUAUCGAAAAAAUACCGUUCUGGGCAUUUUACAAGCAGAACAUGGUCUGACACCUCUUUUUCUUCAUCGAUUGGAUCGCCUGGUUUCUGGACUCUUGAUUCUAGCUAGAAGUGCUGCUAGGGCAGACCUCUUUAGACAACAGAUAGAGGGUGGAAAGGUGAGGAAAGAGUACGUUGCUAAAGUCAUAGGAGUUUUUCCUGAAGCUGAGCAGGUUGUGGAUGCUGCUAUAAUUUUUGAUGCUCGAGAAGGACGGAGUUCGGUAGAGGCGGUCACUGAUGAUGAUACUUCAUCUCAGAAGGGAAAGCUUGCAUGCACAAAGUUCAACAGAAUUAGUACCAAUGGGGUGCAUAGUAUCGUGAAAUGUGAACCUAUUACUGGUCGGACACAUCAAAUACGUGUUCAUCUUCAACACCUAGGUCAUCCAAUUGCCAAUGAUUCACUCUAUUUCUCAGAAGCAUACUCUCAUUUUCUGGUUAAACCUCUAAAUGACAGUCCAUCCAUUGGUAGUAUGGAACAACCAGCAAAGAGAUCUAAAUCUUCCCUUAGUGGUCAAAUCUCAAAUCACUUGUCUGGAUAUAAAGAGCUAGAUGUUGAUGAAGACUUCGUGAUUGAUCCAAUGUGCACGAACUGUCCAAAUUUUCCUCCUAAUGGGUAUGAUGAACAUGAGGAAGGCUUGUGGCUGCAUUGUGUUCGAUACUCUGGGCCUGACUGGACUUAUGAGUGCCCCUAUCCAGAGUGGGCGUCCAUCAGGUAAUCAUGUAAUCCUGAUCCUUUCGGCCGUAUUUUGUCUUUUGGACACUACUUUAUUUGUUCAUUAUUUAGCUCCAUGUAUAUUUAUUUUUAGAUUCAUUAGAAAAGCAUAUUUCUUUUAAGAGAUGUAUAUUACAGAUAGCUCCAGAAAAUACAAUUGAUGUAAACAGGUUUAUGGAAAUAUGGGGAAAGCAUUUAUUAAAUUUUCCAUUUCAUUUUCAUGUCA